AUGCUCUCAUUUUUCCUUAUUGUUUCCUUGCAGGCUCGUCUCCGUUUUCCCAUUGACUACCCCUAUUCUCCUCCUGCCUUUAGGUUCUUAACCAAAAUGUGGCACCCCAACAUCUACGAGACCGGCGAUGUCUGCAUCUCCAUCCUGCACCCGCCAGUGGACGACCCGCAGAGCGGGGAGCUGCCAUCGGAACGGUGGAACCCCACCCAGAACGUGCGGACCAUUCUCCUGAGUGUGAUCUCGCUACUGAAUGAGCCCAACACGUUUUCUCCAGCCAACGUGGAUGCCUCUGUGAUGUACCGCAAGUGGAAGGAAAGCAAAGGGAAGGACCGGGAGUACACGGACAUCAUCAGGAAGCAAGUCUUGGGCACGAAGGUGGACGCUGAGCGGGACGGCGUGAAGGUCCCCACCACGCUGGCAGAGUACUGUGUGAAGACCAAGACUCCAGCCCCAGAUGAGGGCUCGGACCUCUUCUAUGAUGACUAUUACGAGGAUGAUGAGAUGGAGGAGGAAGCAGACAGCUGUUAUGGUGAUGAGGAUGACUCCGGCAAUGAGGAAUCUUGAUGGUCCUCUGGCAUUGCAAAACUUACUAUGAACUACUGAAUUUUACCUCAACUAGGACAAACUGGUUUGAAUUAGGAUCUGUCAGCCCUGAAAUUAACUCUCUACCUCGCAGGGAGACUAUUCUGCUGUUGCAAAGGAAAUCCCACCGCUGUCUUUGUAGAAAAAGCAUAAAACAAAAC